GGGCAUUGGAGUUGGACAGAUAUUCAGGGCACCCGCAGACCCCCUUAUUGUAGGCACUGUACAGACAGGGGCUUUUUGCUGCAAAAGUUAAUUUUUGCGCCCUGAGACUCGAGGCUGAGCAGGCAGUAUACCCUGUAUGUGGCCUGCACAUAAUACCUAUUCCUCUUUGCUCUCAGUGUAAAGUGGAGACACCAGUACAAAAUCACACUCAGCCUCACAGGACUGACUUGGUCAGGUCCAUUCACCUUCAGGCACGCAUCCCCAGCUCGCUGACAACUGUAGACCAACUCUACACACAGUGCCCGGAUGCUAAUUUCCCCAUACAGCCCGGCCCCUGGCACCCUCAGUCACUCUCACACACCACUAGUUCCUGCCUUCGUCGGUCCCGCCCGGACUCCAGCACCCGCAGCCGGCAGUGUGCUAGCUUUCCCAGUCCCCGGCGGACGGGGGCCGAGGAGUGGCGCGGGUUUCCACCCGGCGGGUUUAGGACGCCGCACACCGGAAGUGGCGCUGAGUGAAGCGCUGAGGUGGCGGCCGGCAGGGCAGCUGCCGGGAGCAGGGGGCGGGGGCGUUGGUCAUGUUUCCCUUCGGGCCGUGUAGCCCUAGAGGGGACGGUGCGGCUGGAGCCGAGGCUGAGGAGCUGAGGCCCCAGGGGGAACAAGCGGCAGCCGCCACGCCGCCCUCUCCCCCGCCCGCGCCGCCACAACCUGGGGCUGACGCAGCCCCUCCCCCGCCACCCGCCCGGAGCCCUCGCCGCCCCGGCGCCCCCUCGCUGCCCCCGGCCGCGCGUGCGGCAGAGCUCCGGCCGCCCAGGUCUCCGGAGACCUCAGCUGUCUCCGCCCAGGGCGAGCCGUCACCGCCCUCCCCGCCGCGCCGGCGGCCCGGGACGGACUGCAGGUCCGGGAGCCGGGGCCGGCAUGGCCUCAGCGCGGGCCUGGGCGGCCCCGGCGCCAGGCUGUUCGGGUGGCUGAGAGAGCGCAGCCUGGGCCGCGGGCUGUUCGUGGACCCGGCGCGAGACAAUUUCCGCACCAUGACCAACCUGUACGGCUCCAUCCACCCCGCGGACUCGGUGUACCUUAGCACCCGCACCCACGGUGCCGUCUUCAACCUUGAAUACUCGCCCGACGGGUCAGUGCUGACAGUUGCUUGUGAACAAACUGAAGUUCUGCUUUUUGACCCAAUAUCUUCAAAGCACAUAAAAACACUUUCUGAAGCUCAUGAAGACUGUGUAAAUAAUAUCAGAUUUCUUGAUAACCGGCUGUUCGCUACCUGCUCUGAUGACACUACAAUAGCACUAUGGGAUCUGAGAAAACUGAACACCAAAGUAUGCACUUUACAUGGUCACACUAGCUGGGUGAAGAACAUCGAAUAUGAUACUAAUACCAGACUCUUAGUAACAUCAGGAUUUGAUGGAAAUGUCAUUAUUUGGGACACAAACAGGUGUACAGAAGAUGGGUGUCCACAUAAGAAAUUUUUCCAUACACGUUUUCUCAUGCGAAUGAGAUUAACACCAGAUUGUUCAAAAAUGUUGAUUUCAACAUCCUCUGGCUAUCUCUUAAUUUUACAUGAUCUUGACUUAACCAAGUCUUUAGAAGUAGGUAGCUAUCCCAUUUUGAGAGCAAGAAGAACUACAUCAAGUUCAGAUUUGACCACUUCAUUGAGUUCAUCUGGUCCUAGAGUUUCCGGUUCACCUUGUCAUCAUAAUGAUUCUAGUUCUUCUGAGAAACACAUGUCACGAGCUUCUCAAAGGGAAGGAGUUUCACCACGGAAUAGUCUUGAAGUCUUAACCCCUGAAGUUCCUGGUGAGAGAGACCGUGGAAAUUGCAUCACAUCCUUACAGCUGCACCCAAAAGGCUGGGCCACUCUUCUUCGGUGCUCAAGCAACACUGAUGAUCAGGAGUGGACUUGUGUCUAUGAAUUCCAAGAAGGAGCUCCUGUGCGACCUGUCUCACCUCGCUGUUCUCUACGAUUGACUCAUUACAUUGAAGAAGCCAAUGUAGGCAGGGGUUACAUCAAAGAACUUUGCUUCAGCCCUGAUGGGCGGAUGAUUUCUUCCCCACAUGGCUAUGGGAUUCGCUUGUUGGGAUUUGACAAACAGUGCAGUGAACUUGUUGACUGUUUGCCCAACGAAGCCAGUCCCCUACGGGUGAUCCGUUCUCUGUACUCUCAUAAUGAUGUAGUACUGACAACAAAGUUCUCUCCAACACAUUGUCAGAUUGCCUCAGGGUGCCUUAGUGGACGGGUUUCUUUGUAUCAGCCAAAGUUUUAGGCACAACUUACAUCAAAUAAGGAAUACUUUUGGCAUUUGACUUAUAAAUUACUUCAAUUUAGGUGAAGUAUUUUCUUUUUAGAAUAUCUUAUAAGUUUGGGUCAAAUCCUGGUUCUUAUGGGUCCAUGAACACUCCUGCAACCUGAGUACUUGGUCAUCCAGCAUCAUACAGGCAUCUCCAAGUUAGACUCUAUGCAGCACCAUCUUUUUCAGCAUUCCUCUGCUCCUGCUAUCUGUGCCAAUGAAUUCCAGUUUUUCUGGUUAUUUUGCACAGUGGUUUGUGUCAAGUUUCUUUCUCUCGUGUGUGUACAUGUGCUUGUUUGCUCACUCUCUUUUUUUUUUUUUGUGGACAUUAAACAAUUUAACAGGAGGUUACGGUAGGAGAAACCCAUGAUACUAGAAUUGAAUAAAACUCAGAAGUUUGUUGUUGGUAUACUGGUUGUUGAAAAGAAAUUUUCUCUUCACUUAUCAGUUCACUUGGUUUUUAAGGUUGCUGUUAUAUUUCUCUAUACUGAACACCGAUAGUGGCAUUAUUCCCAUGGUUGUUAAGAGGGUUUUGCAACAAAGUGUUUUCUAAGUUUCUGUUAAAGUUAUACAAAUUUUUUAUGAUGAAAGGGAUUUUAUUGUGAAAUUCUAGAAAAAUACUACCACUUCUCUGUAAUUUACUUGUAUGAAUUUAAAAUCUCUAGCAUGUAUCCUUGGUUGAUAUUUUGUUCUUAUCAAUAGCAUUAGAAGGGAAAGGAGGGGAAGGAAUGGGCUUUGGUUAUUUCUGUUACCCGAAAAGGAUUUGUUUAUUAGAAUGGUACCAAUAUCCGGCUACAGAGUGAUGAGAACAAUGUCUCUUAGGUUUUCUGUGUUGUUUUUUUUUCUGCCAGAUUAUUGGAAUCACACAGGAUAAUGUGUUGUUAACUGUAUGGGGGAGGAGGGGAAAGCAGGAGUAAAGAGGUGGAGGCUAAAUCAUUCUUCUCUGAGCCAGGGGUCACAAGCUCAGCUCUUAUCCUUAGUGAGGGGAGAACUGCAGUCCUCUUCAAGCUGUGAUCCUAAGCAUGGUAGUCAUCAAAUAAGUGCUGAUGUAAAGUCUUGUUUUUAUGUUUUGUUAUGGAACUCAGCAUAACUCAUCGGUAGAAAGUAUCAAGGCUGACUGCUCUGUUGAAUGAUAGGCCUUCUUCUAAUCUCCCCCACAUGGAUGGCAUUGUGUUUAAAAGGGAUUACCAGAGCCUAGAAUGAUUGAGCCAUGCACUAGCCUUUUGCUGUUAGGUCCCAUUCUCUUUAGGCCAGUGGUCCUCAAACAUUAGAGUACAUUGUAAUCAUUGAAGAGUUUAUGAAAAAUGCAGAAACCUUGGCCUCACCUUAGGAAAUUUGGGUUCAGCAGAGAGAGGACAGGAAUCUAUAUUUUAACUGGAAUCUCAAGUAAUCUUCAUUCUGGUGGUCUCUGAUCACAGUUUGAAAAACACAACCUUAAUCAGCAGUUAAGCACCUAUCUGGGAAACAAUUCCUAGUAAGUGUUUUAAUUAUUCAAAAAAUAAGCAAAUGAAAGCAAUAGAGGAUAAUUUGGAAUGGAAUUAAUUGCAUCAUUUGACAAAUGAGAGAAGUUAAUUGACUUGUUUAAGGUCAUUACAAAGUUAGUGGCAGAGUCAGGGCUUGAAUUCAAGUCUACCAGUAAUUCCUUGCGCAGGGUAAUUUCUACUGUAUUAAGUUGGCUGUUAGAAAACGAUUUAUGGACACUUUGUCUUUAAGUUAUAUUAUUGUGAAUACUCUUAAAGCAGCCAAUAGAUCGGUUAAAAAAUCAGCAUGGGAAUAGAUGCUGUGAAUUCCAGCCAUAUAAGAAGAAAAGUAUUGGGCGGUGCCUGUGGCUUAGUGAGUAGGGCACCAGCCCAAUAUACCGAGAGUGGUGGGUUCAAACCCGGCCCCGGCCAAAUUGCAACAAAAAAUAGCUGGGUGUUGUGGCAGGUGCCUGUAGUCCCAGCUGCUUGGGAGGCUGAGGUAACAGAAUCGCCUAAGCCCAGGACUUGGAGGUUGCUGUGAGCUGUGUGACGUCACGGCACUCUAAAGAGGGUGAUAAAGUACAAAUAUAAAAAAAGAAGAAAGUAUUUUAAAUCUUACAGAAAUGUUUAAACCACCCAAGUUCAAGGCAUUUCUUUGUAGGAUCUAUCAACCAUUCACACACAUGUACAGUUGUAUUUCACUUGGAACAAUGUUGGCAGUAGGACAAAUUUUUAAAAUUAGGUCAUCUCACUCUGGAUGUUUAAAAAUUUAGAAAUAUUUUAGUCAUUGAAAAAGUAACCACAGGGCGGCGCCUGUGGCUCGGCGGGUGGGGCGCUGGCCCCAUAUGCCGAGGGUGGUGGGUUCAGGCCCAGCCCUGGCCAAACUGCAACAAAAAAAUGGCCGGGCGUUGUGGCGGGCGCCUGUAGUCCCAGCUGCUCGGGAGGCUGAGGCAAGAGAAUUGCCUAAGCCCAAGGAUUUGGAGGUUGCUGUGAGCUGUGUGAUGCCACGGCACUCUACCGAGGGUGAUGGGGUGAGACUCUGUCUCUACAAAAAAAAGGAAAAAGUAACCACAAAGCACAGUAAAUACAUAAAUUUAUGUAAAAAUAUAUAUUUAAAAGAAAAUGGUUUUGGAGGUUAAAGCACUCAAACAAUAUUAUCAUUAAUAAUAAGUUACCAAGGCUGGGCUUGGUGGCUCAUGCCUGUAAUCAAGGUGGAUUGCUUGAGCUUACGAGUUUGAGACCAGCCUGAGCAAAAGCAAGACCCCGUCUCUAUUAAAAUAGAAAAACUGAGGCAAUAAUAGCCAGGUGUUUUGGUGGGCAUCUAUAGUCCCAGCUCCUCAGGAGGCUGAGGCAAGAGAAUUACCUAAGCCCAAGAGCUGGAGGUUGCGUUGACGCCACGGCACUCUACCGAGGGCAACAAAAUAAGACUCUGUCUUUAAAAAAAAAAAAAAAAAAGAAUGAAAGAAAGAAAAACUGAGGCAAAAGGAUUGCUUGAGCCCAAGAGGUUGCUGUGAGCUAUGAUGCCACAAUACUUUACCCAGGGUGACAGCUUGAGACUGUCUCAAAAAAUAAAAACAAAGUUACCAAGUACAAUGAUCAUAUUCAAAAUGGAUUCCAUACAUUUUAUCAACUUUGGAAAGAGUUUCAUGUCAGAUACUGGGCCCACAAAUUGCCAAACUCAAAUUUCAGCCAGUGAUUCUUUAACCACUAGGGAGUACCUAUCAUGUGUUAAAUAAUGUACAUAUUUUACUACUGAAUCUCACAAAAACCUUGGGAAGUAGGUAGAACUGAGCCUCAGUUUUCUUUGGAGGUAAUAAAAGUGGGUCAGAAAGAUUAAGUGACUUGCCUUAAGUCACAGAGUUGUAAUAGGUAGCAGCACUGGGAUUCAAAUCCAGGAUUGUUGGUUUGUGUGCUUUAGUCCAAAGCCUGUGUGUACUUACUACCAUUUUGCUCUUUAGUUUGUAAAGGAUGGUAAGCUGGCCUGCUGGUUUGUUUGUUUAAUGUCUUCUAGAAAUUUUUUUUGUUAUAGAACUGGCUUACCUUCUGUACCACAUGAGAGAAUAUUUACAAGAUUGACAAUUUCCAUGACCAUGCCAUAAACUCAGGUUUUAUAUAGUCUAUUCCUAACUAAACAACCUCAAGCAGAAUAAGCAGCUAUAAAAUAGAAAAGAAAAAUAAAGGAGAGACAUCCUUGCGUUACAAUAGAGCCACACAGAUGAGAAUUAAAAAUUAAUGGCCAGCAAACUCAAAAGAACUUCUGUCUUCUUCAGGGUCUGAUCAUGAUCAAGAAGUUGUCAGAGAAUAUUAAUCAAGGAAUUAAAGGGAUCAGGAAUGCUAUAGUACUGGAAGGAUUUACAUCUUACCAUUUCAAACUCCUGUUUCACUUAGAGUAUAAAAUCUAAUGUUUUUUACUCUAAAUUAUAUCCAGUCAUUUUAUUUUAGAUAACUGGUAAAUAUAAUUGGUAAUGUAGUAUAAUUGUUAGUAAAUGUAGUACAAAUUGUUCUCCUCUUUUAAAAAGUUUUCUGCCGCUUGGUGCCUGUAGCUCAGCGGCUAGGGCGCCAGCCACAUACACUGGAGCUGGAGGAUGCGAACCCAGCCCGGGCCUGCCAAACAAUAGUGACAACUACAACCAAAAAAUAGCCAGGCGUUGUGGCAGGCGCCUGUAGUCCCAGCUACUUGGGAGGCUACUUAAGAGAAUCACUUAAGCCCAAAAGUUUGAGGUUGCUGCAAGCUGUGAUGGUACAGCACUCUAUAGAGCAGGCAUCCUCAAACUUUUUAAACGGGGCCAAUUCACCGUCCCUCAGACUGUUGGAGGGCUGGACUAUAGUUUAAAAAAAAAAAACUAUGAACAAAUUCUUAUGCACACUGCACAUAUCUUAUUUUGAAGUAAAAAACAAAAUGGGAACAAAUACAAUUCACACCACUUCAUGUGGCUCACAGGCCACAGUUUGAGGACGCCUGCUAUAGAGGGUGACAUAGUGAGACUCUGUCUCAAAAAAAAGUUUUCUGCAGAACAGUGUAUUUAUGGCAAUGCAAUGCUGAAUGGGUUAGGGACAUAAAAUAUAUAGUAGUUCCUUAUUUUCUUUUUUCUUUUUUUUUUUUUUUGAGACAGACUUUCACUUUGUUGUCUUGGGUAGAGUGCCGUGGCCUCGUUAGCUCGCAGCAAUCUCAAACUCCUUGGCUAAAGCUAUUCACUUGUCUCAGCCUCCCAAGUAGCUGGAACUAUAGGUGCCCACCAUAACCCCCAAGCUGUUUUUUAGAGAUGGGGGACUCACUCUUGCUCAGGCUGGUCUUGAACUUGUGAGCUCAAGCAAUCCUUGGCCACCUUGGCUUCCUAGAGUGCUAGGAUUACAGGCAUGAGCCACGGUGCCUGGGAUUUCUUUAUUUUCAGUUGCGAAAAUGAAAUGGGUAAAGCAGAAGAGUCGUCUAUUUUACCAUGUCUUUUAAAAAGGUAUGUUUGUGGUCUUUUUUCUCAGAGGCCCAAAGCACAUGUGUAUUUUGUUAUUUUUCUUGUUAACAUCCCUGAGAAGGGACUACACCACAAAUUUUAGGAAAAGAGGUAAAUCAUGCGUUCCCUGCUCCUAUGUCUAGAAUCAAGAUCACAUUAUAUCUUUGUUAAAGUCGUAUUCUCUAGAAUGUGCAAUAUAGGGAAAACACUCUGAGAGUCUCUUAGUAGAAGCCAAGUUAGUAUUUCCCAAAUUUGCCAGAUUAGGUACUGGUAUCCAUAAGUAUCUAUUAAACUUAGGGUUAGUAGGACAAGUAGUCUGAUAACUAACUGAUGACAAUCUUCCCCAUUUAAUGACUAGCAGUUACUGACUACUGUGAACAUUCACUUAGUAACACCCUGUUUUGGUCAUGAAGGAAACCAUAUAUAUGGAUUUUUGGAUAACUAAUGCAUAUCUCUUAAGUGCCAAAAUUAAAAACUUGUAAUUAUUUUUGAUGCAAGUAUUUAAGGUAUGUGAGCAUACCUCCUUGCCUUUGUUUAAAACAGCAUGCUCAGUAUAAUUUACUUUGUCAUGGUGAAAAGGUAAAGUUAUAUUCAUAGUGUGUUAUUACAAAUAUCCAGUAAGCUCUGACACAUGUAAAAUACUUCAUCAAAUGUAAAGGGCUAUAACAAAUAUAUGUUAUUAUUACUUUUAUUAUAAAGUGAUUCCCUCAGCUCUGAGGUAUAUAUUGUGUGCCUCAGAUUGCUGUUGGUUUUUAAAAAAAUUUUUAUAUCUGUUAAGUCUCUCCCACACUAUACAUAUGCCUGCCUCCAGCGGUCUCCCCAAUUCUAAUAUGCUGUGUUCAUGGGUUAUGAGCUGGGACAUGGGAUAAGCAAGCCGUACAGUGUCACAAUUAAGAGCUGGACAAACUCUGAGUACACAGUCUUUGAGAUAGCUCUUUUGGUUGCUUUAUACUUUUCUAACAGGUUCAUAAUAAUCUUCUGGAUGAUAUGAGCUCCCAGUUAAAGCCUAAGCUAGUGAUUUUUUGUUGUUGCAACUAUGUAGGAUACUACACAUUUAAGUAAGGAUGCUGCUAGAUUAAGGAAUAAACAGCAAUGUACCAAAGUACCACAAAGCAACAACAAAGGCUCUCUGUAUUUGUAGAGGGGUCUUUCAUGUUUUUUUAAGGAAAAAAAGAGGAAGAGUUCAGGGAAAAUAUGAAAAUAAAAUCCAUAGUCUUAAGAGUUUUUUAGAUGCUAUUGUCAAUAACCAUUAAAACAUAUGUUUAAAUUAUCAUGUUAUUACAAAGACACAGUUUAGUCUCAUAGAAUAAGUUUGUUCUAAAAUUUAUUCCCUAGCGGUGCUUCUCAAUGAUAGCUUAAGAAUUUCUUCCAUUCAAAUGAUAAUAGAAAAUAUUGUCAAAAGGAAAGACUCAAAGUUACCUUUAUGCUGCUCUCUUUAGUUAGUAAAUGAAUUAGUGCUAGAGAUAGGGGUGUUAUCAAACCCCCAAAGAACACAUCUCACAUAUACACCCCUCCUAUAUGUUUAUGUAUGUAAAUGUCAAUAUAAAUGAAAAUGUCACCCAGAAAUAAUAAAAUAUUUUUUUUAAUUUAAAUCUGGUUUAAAGUCAUUAAAAUAGGUAGAAUUUUCAACUUUGCUAAGCGGCUUUCCUCAUUUUGAUUUCAUGAUUUUUACAUUAAAUCAUAAAUAUUUGAAUUUUUUAAAAACUUUCACUGUAUCUUCCAUUUCCCAAGUAUCCUUUCUGGUAAAUUUUAGAUUAUAUUUUCAGGAAAUUUGGAGUGUUCCUGAUAAUAGACACUCAAAGUUUUCUCUGUAGGUUCUGAGGUGUUUUAAAUUCUUAUAUUAGACUGUAAGCUCCUUGAGGGCAGGGAUUGUCGUAUUUAUUCCUUUAUUCCCAGUGCCUCGUAUAGGACCUGACACAGAGUAGUUGUUCAAUAAAUAUAAUAUUUGUUGAAUGAAUCAAAUGAGCCUUCACAAUAUGUGGCCUCAAGCUCCCAUGAAGCCAGAAUACAGUGUGCAAAUUGUUCAGAACUAGGGGAAUCAAUCAUUUAUUAUUAUAAUUAAAAGUGUAUUCAUCAGAGUAAGAUUUGUUCUGAGUAUAAGCAACCAAACAUUUCUCACUGA